AUGCAGUGCAUCUACCCUCGUUUGCAGGAGGUGCCGCCUACACCUAGAGCAGCCGAGCACCCGGGCUUCGCGGCGCUCCAGGAUCACGCCAUAGAGUUGUCUCACGCUGCAGCGGCUGACAGACUGGAGGAGCUCCGGGCUAGACAGGACAGUCUCCCGGAUGAGGUAUACAGGCAGCGAAGGGCAAACAUCUUGGCACACCUGUCCAAACUGGUUCCUGGAGCUUCCGGGUCAAUACAAGCGGUGAAGGACCCCGAGAGCGGCGAUGUGGUAUCCGACCCAUCUUUCAUAGCACGCGUUUUAUCUGACCACUGGCAGGGUACCUUCAAGAUCCAGGCUACGGAUCAAACGCUACGGAGGAAAUGGCUGGAACGAUGUCGCGGCAUUUUGACCACAAGCCUCGCGGACCUUACGCCCUCCAUCGAAGACGGGGUGAUCGAGCCGCCGGACGACUUCAACCUAGCUUUCUUGAUAUGCUUGCCGAAGGGGUCUGGCACCGCUCUGCCCAGCGGCACGGAGUGCUACGAGCCGGGGAACACGCGACCGCUGUCAGUGGUGGACGCGAGCAACCGCAUUCUUGCAUCUAUCUUCCGGAGGGCGCUGGAGAAGGGCUGCCCAUUAUCUCCGCUGCUGUUCGCGAUCUGCGCCGAUAUCUUGCUUCGCGAGCUUUCGCGGCACCUGUCUGGGCACGAAGUAGUUAGAGCGUUCGCAGAUGACACAGCUGCAGUAAUCGCAGACUAUUCGGUGGCGGUUCCAGUUAUCAACAAGCUAUUCUCAGAAUUUGAAAAGAGAUCCCGGUUGGCUCUCAGUAUCAAGAAGACAGUGUUUAUCCCAUUGCGGCGCUUUCAGUCGGAGUCCAACGUGAGGUCUCUCAUUCGCGAGUUGGCGCCUCAAUGGAGGGACAUUCUGAUUUCCCUUCGCGGGAAAUACCUCGGUUACUGGGCGGGGCCCGGCGCCGGCAACAUGACAUGGGAGAAGCCAAUCGAGAAAUUCACGAAGCGGGUGCUGAUCUGGGCGCAGAGGCACCUCGGAUUUUUUUUGAACAUCAUUGUUUUCAACACUCUUAUUAUAUCGGUAUUGAGCUUCGUGAUGCAGCUUGAGGACUUGCCCGAGGACAUGGAUGACAUUUUCUCCUGGGCGCUACGUCGUCUGGCUCCGGGCCCUGGAAAUUGGAUCAUGCCUGAAGAUUUCUGCAAUUUAAGAGAGGCGUUCGGGUUCAAGCUUUCCUUCGCUCAACCCCGCUGCGUUGCGCGGGCCGCUAAGCUGCGAGUGAUUGAAACUGUCGCCCCGGAUUGCAAAGAACGCGUCGAAGAACUGCGCAUGCUGGAUGAAGGAGUGCUGCAAGGCCCGUUCGGGAGCUGGCACGCCAACUCUUUCUUCGCUGUCCUGCACCGCACAGAGCAGCAAUUGGAGAACGACGGGAUCUGCCGCAGCCGGAUCCGGUGGUGCCCGCCCAGGGUGGCGUCAGCAUACCUCCGCACGUUGUUCAACGGCUGGGUCACCCGGCGUCGCAUGAAGCACGCCGAGAAAAACGGCGUCGACAAGCCGUGCCAGUGCUUUCUCGGCUGCGAGAGCGGCGACGACAGCAUCGAGCACUACAGUGUAUGUCCGGCUGUGUGGGGCCAUCUGCAGCGCGACAGACCUGUUGGGCUGGGCGUGAAAAUGCCGCCGGCCAUGCUUUCAUUCUUCCUCCUGGACCCGGGAACUUCCGAAGAAGAUGUGCUGCGAUUGGCUCUACUCAAUUACGGCGUGUACCGCGCCACCAAUUACCUCCGGUUUGAGACGACGGACACGGCAGGCCCAGCGGGGCCCGGGGCCCUGCCCACAGAGGUCUGCGGGCGCCUCUCCGAGAGAGCCUGCGCCUUGGCUUGCACGCACGGUGCACCGCCGCCCGUGCCGCUGCUGCGCCUGCGGCGCCGUUGCUGCGACCAGUGGCACCGCGGCGGGCGAACCGGUGGCAGGGAGUCCCGCGCGGCCGUGGCCCGGGCCGCCGAGAGGGCGCAGGCCAAACUCUGCGGCCGAUUAGCUCCAUAUUUCACAGCGGGGGGGGGCCGUCGGACACUCACAUGCUCUCAAAUGCUUAGCUCCCCGAUGGCCGCCCUCCGCGCCCUGGCGGCGCUUCUCGCCCUCGCCGCCGCCGCAUCCGGGCUCCAGCAGGAGGGCGCGUCUGGGGCAGCCGCCGCCUCGGCCCUGCAGGGCCGGCAGCUCCUGGCGGCCAGGGCGCCCCUCAGGAGGCGGCUCGGGCGCAGCGAGGCCCUCGGGGAGAUCCGUUCGCCAGGCGUUGGCCCACCCUUCGAGUCGACGAACGACACAGACCGCUCCGUCACGAUUUCGCAGUGGUACGGGCGCCUCGGCAACAACAUCAUACAGAUGGUAAACGCGAUCCUCUUCUGCCAGCAGUGGGGCUACUCGAAGCUGAUACUGCCUCCAGAUAGGAGCCAUGUUAGGAUAUUCGACCUCCCCGAGAACAUGAAUAUCAGCUACCGCACGCUCGGAAACAAGCUCGAUUGCAAUUGGAACCAUCUCUCCACACAUUAUUUCUUCGGUCGGUGCUUUGCGGUGAACAAGAGGCUCUACCACAGGACGAUCAAGCAGUAUCUGCGGCCGUAUUUCACCGAAAAGACGAUCACAGCCUGCCAGAAAGAGCACGCCCGACCCUUCGACGGUCUAACCAUUCACCUGCGCAGUGGAGACACGGCAAAGUCAACUGCGAGGACCUCGAGCGCCACACAAACUGCCUACGCUUCGUGCAAUUUCUUCGACACGAUUGUCGCCGAACGGAAGUUCGAGGCUGUUCGCAUCGUAACAGAACCAGACCAGUCGCACCCAUGCAUACAUUUAUUACGAGACCGGUUGCCCUCGAUGAAUGUGAGUUUUAAUCUCCGCAAUCGCUCAGUCGAAGAGGACGCCUGUGCCCUCAUGAACGCGAAGUACCUAGCAGUCGGCUCGUGGAGCACAUUCUCGCAGACACUCGAGAUGUUUAACGACAAGUUGGAUAGUCUGUUUUGGCCCGUGCCACCGAAAGGGACGAUGAAAAUGUUGGAUAGUCAUUGCGUUCCUGUCGUCAAUGCAUCAUUAUCGAAGACGUACGUGUAUGAGAUUUCUGGCAUGCAGGGCAUACACAACAAUCUGGGGAACGCAGAGAGUGUCGAGUAUUUCACCCGGAACUCUUCGCAGGGCGUCAAACUGGUCGCCGUAUGUGACCAGGAACGGGAGGUACCCUUUGCUGGGUCCGUGAGCCUGAGGUAG